AUGGGAACGCUUGUUGUACGCAGCCUAUUGGAUCAUAAAAUCCAUAAUCUGCAAAAUUAUAGAUUGGUUUCGCAACUGGCUUGCCUUCUGUGUACGCUUAUGAGAAUGGAGCUGCUGAUAUUACGCUUCACAGUUCGGUUGUCGAAGACAUCACUGCAAAUGUACUGCAAACCUACGUUAAGAAGAAACGCAAUUCCCGAAAAUAAGUGCAAAUUCUCAAGUGGGAAUCUUGCUGAGCUGAAGAAAUCGCUUGGGGGCAAACGCUUUGAUGUUAUCUUGGCUCCUGAGCUAUUGAAUCGCAGUGAAGACGAAUUCGAGAUGAUCCACCAAAUUCUUGAUGAAGCUCUCAGCCACAAUGGAAUCUGCCUGUUGUCCACUCCGUCUCAUUACUUUACCGUAGACAGCAGUCUUACCAGUUUCCUUGAUAUCGUGAAGAGACACAGACAGUUCGACGUCAUUGAACGAUGGAGUUCACCUCGUACUGAUGUUGUGCAGAGAAAGAUUGUGCAAUUAACUCGAUCUCUCUGCUGA